AAUGCGUUUAAAAGCUGUUUUAUUAUUAGCCUUUUAUUUUGUCGGGAUUCAUUGUGCUCGUCAUAAAAAGAAAAAUGAAAACAAGGAUGACAAAAUCAUUGCUGCUGAACAAGUCGAAAAAGCUAAGCAAAUUUUCAGUGAAAUUGAUCAUGUUGAAAAUGAGAAUAUCAAUACAUUGCUGAAAUAUGUCAAAAACUUUUCACUUGAAAAUCUUGGACUUAUGGUUGAACAACUUUCAAAAGUUAAAGAUGCGGCAACAGAACUUUAUCAGCCACAUGAGGAAGAAUUUGAAGGCAUUCAUCCUAUUAAAAAUGAAGAGUCGAUCAACCAAAAUUUUUUGAAUCGAAUUUUAGUCAAUCUUUUGGAAGGUGUCGAAAAUGGAAGUCAAGUUGAUGAAGGAACAAUGUCAGAUGCAAUUUCAAUUUUGAAGUAUUUCAUUUAUUACUUUCAAAUUCCAUCAACUCGUGACUCGAAAACUAAUGAAAAGACGGGCACUCAUUCAUUCCUUAAAAACUCAAUUCCAAUUCGACGUAAACGCGAGAAUGGCUGCCCAACAGCAAAACGUCAUCGAUGCAUAAUUGGCUCUGCUCUUGGAAUUGUUGUCGCUGUUGUUAUCGCUGUUAUACUUUGGACAAAAAAUGUUAUACAUAUUCCACCAUUUAACUAA